AUGUCGGCAUCACCAUCGGAACAGACCAUUGAAGAUGCCUGGGCUAAACAGGUGAGAAUCAUCGCAUAUUCCGUAUUCUAUAAGACUCACCUCUGUGUCAUGAUAUAUCAAGCUUACGGUUAUACCUUUCAGGCGGUAUACAUGUGCAGCACUGCCAUACCUCCACUGGUAGCUGCCCUGCGUGUACAUGCCUUGAGCGGAGGCAACUGGCGCUGGGUAUUGCCAGUCUGGCUCCUUGGUAUCAUGCCCGUGGGCAUUGGCAUAGCAUGGAUCAUCUUCGAAAAGCUUGAACUUAUGGCCGCUGUGGGGGGCUCUUCCAGUAUUCUGUAUCAUGUAAUGGCGGUCGCUUCUAGUGUGUCUGCGGUCGUCUCGGACAUCCUCGUACUCGUAGCAACAUGGCACUACAUCAGCCGUACAAGCUCGGUGAGAAAACAACUGGUACACGAUAUGUGGACUGCAAGACCCAGUAUCACGACUGUCAUGUUCCGAGAUGGUACAUUGUACUUCGUGCAUAGCGCUAUCUCGCUGCCCAAUAUGGCUGAUUGUGUCGCAACCUGGGCCUCUGACAACGCGUCAAAUAUAUCAUAUUUGAAUGCAGCGAUAUCAAGCAUUCUGAUUUCCCACUUCCUGAUUUGCAUCCGCGAAGCCGCGGAAUGCUCCACACGGGCUUUCAGCUCCCAAUCUCUAUCCUUCAUCGACUCACAAGGCAACUCUAUCCCACGGCCGUGGCUCUCCAGCAUAGAAUUCGCCGCAGACAUCGCCAACCCCUCUGCGGGAGAUGGUGACGCAGAUGUUUUCUCCGAUUUUGAAGAUGACCUGGAUUCAAGAGGCGAAAAUGAUGCAGUUGAUGGAAUGAAGUUGGAAGAAUGCGCAGCCUCUUUACAUUUGUAG